CAUGUGUGUGUGUGUAUGUGUGUGUGUUCCGUAUGACAGAUUCGCAAUAGGCUGCUGUGUAAUAGCCUGGGGGCGGUGUAUGUGUGACACAUGUGUGGUAGUGGCAUUUUGUGUUUUCCCAGUCCCGAUCACAUACCGGCACGCGUUACGGCUCGUUCGACGACCCUCCGAAAUUUCUUCCCCCACCGGCAAUCACCGCCUCGCCCUCGACUUCGUUGCACGCGACCUCGUUUUUCUUCUUUUUUUUUUUUCUUCGUACACCUCAGCAGAUCUAGGCGCGGAUAAAUACGCCGUGAUCGUGCGGCGUACAUCAUGCAGUGAUAUUGCGUCAAACCGCAAAGAUCCCGACGUAUUAAUUGCCUUUUAACGAUGGAGGAUUCUACGGAAGCGCAGAAGUGGCAACAACAUUUAUCACUGCUGCGAGAGCAAUAUGUCAAUCUGUAUAACGCGAACGUAGAACUCCAAAAGGAGUAUGCUAUCGCCACGGCCGACAAGCAGGAAUGCGGAUUUGUCGGCAGGCUACUGGCAACAAUAGCGUCGUUAUAUUGUCAACAUCGUUACAGUGAUAUAAGCAUAAAGCUCAUUGAUCAAGAGAUACCAGCGCAUAAAUUUGUAUUAUCUGCCAGGACUGAUUUCUUCAGCGAUUCAGUUCUCGUUGAAAAAACUGUCUUAGACUGGAGCAAUUUAGAUAGCACUGUUGCGUCUGUAUUGCUGAAAUGGAUUUACACAGGCAAAGUAUCACAAGAAAAUUUAACCCUCAACCUAAUGAAGGCAGCAGCCAACUUUCAAUUGUUAGAAUUGGUGGAUCAAUGCGAGAGAUACCUGAUUGGAACAGUGGGAUUGAAGGAUUGCGUAAUACUGUAUGCAGCUGCUGAGGAACUGGGCACUGUGAAAUUAAAAGAACACUGCAGCUCUUUAAUUUCGGCACACUGGGAGGAUCUAACAGGAGAAGAUUUCAAGGAAAUGCCAGGUUCUCUGUUGUAUAAGUUAUUGCAAACUAAAAGUAAAUAUCCUCUACAUGCGGCAGUCCGUUUGAUGCGCGAAGAUGUUGUGUUCCUGUAUUUAGUGGAAAAUAAUGCCGAGCUUCCAAAAGCAGUCAACGCCGUGGAUCACAAGGGUGAAACGGCUUUAGAAGUUGCCUUGAAGACUCGCCAGCCAUCUCUAGCCCGCACCUUGGUUGAACACGGAGCGGACUUAGGCGCAAAAGAUGCGAGAGGUCUAUCUCUGCUUCAUUCAGCUAUUCUGAAAGGAGAUUCUUAUUCGUCCGAAUUCAUAAUCGAGCAGCUUGAGAACAGCGGCACCGUGCACAAAUUAUGCGAGGCUGUAAAAAUUGUCGAAGGUGUGAGAAACACAGCUGAUCUUAAGCAGCUGCAAGGCUGCACUGCUUUACAUUUGGUAGCAAGGCAUAACACGGAAAAUAUGAUGGUGGUUGGGUCGAGAUUACUCCAAGCUGGGAUCAAUCCGAAUUUACAAGAUCAUAGAGGAUGGACUGCACUUCACAGCUGUAUCUCGGAGAAGAACGAGAUGCUGUUCAAUUUGUUGCUCGAGGCGAAGAACGUAGAUUUAGAUAUGACCACAAACGAGGACGACACGCCGUUGUGCAUCGCGAUGAGAGCAGAUCCAUUCAAUGAUUAUUUCGCGUCGGAGUUGUUGGCUAAGGGCGCCACACCGAAUCCGACGUACGACAGCAACGGCGAUACGCUGCUGCACAUUUUGACCCGGGAGUGUAAGGAAGAGGCGGCGUUAUUUUUGACGGAGUUUUGUAAAAGCAGUCUAACGAAAACCAACAACGAAGGUCUCACGAUAUUACACGAGGCAUGCAAGGUCGGCUUGAAGGAACUCACUCGGGCUCUGUUGAGGAACGGUUUGCCGACUGACGACGUAACCUUCUCCACCGGUGACACGCCGAUUCAUCUCGCCAUCUCGAAUCUGUAUACCGACAUAGUUGUGGAGCUACUGGACGCCCCGGACUCUAGCUCGCAGUUGAUUAUUAAGAACAACGCGAACGAGACGCCGCUGAAUCUGGCGAUAAAGGCGCCGUUCAAAAAGGGCAAGGACAUCGUGCUGGCGCUGAUCAAGGCCGGGGCUGACGUUAACGAAUGCAAUGAAGAGGGCCUGACGUUGUUGCAUCAGGCGAUAUUGAAAGAGGACUCGGCCACAGCCAUAUUUCUUUUGGAGAACGGCGCUGAUAUGAAUGUGAGAACGGCCGACGGAGAGACGCCCUUGCAGUUGUGCGUGCAUUGUCGAUUGGGCGAAGUGGUGGAAGCCCUCUGCAGACGAGGCGUGGACACUUCGAUAGGAUGUCCCUUGUGGGACGCUUUGGAUUCGGACCAAGAGGAUACCGCAUCGAUUUUGGUCAAGUACGGAGCGGACAACGAUUGUUGGGGACCUGGGCCCGACGGUUGCCAGCAAACCCUGUUGCACAAGGCGAUCGACGAUAACAAAGAGUAUAUCGCACAGUUUCUGAUCAGGAGCGGAUGUGAUCUGAAUGCUCCGAGAAGACUUGGUCCGGACGGCGCGGGAGGGGACGAAGCGAGAGACGAGUGUACGCCGUUGCAUUUGUGCUGUCAAUGGGGACUGGAACAAGUGGUGCAAACGCUCAUCGAACACGGCGCCGACGUGAACGCCCGCGACGCGGAGGGGAAGACUCCGGUGCACGUGGCAAUACAGAAUCAGCAUUCGCAGAUCAUAUCUUUGCUGUUGUGCCACCCGAAUAUAGAUCUAAAUAAGCGGGACAAGAAGGGCUUGACGCCGUUCGCGACCGCCUUGACAGUCCGUAAUAACAAAGCCGCGCAGGCAAUUUUGGAGAGAUUGCCCAAGGCUGCCGAGCAGUACGAUAAUAAAGGCAGGAACUUCUUGCACACCGCCAUACAAAAGGGCGACAUGGAGAGCAUCCUGUUUCUUCUGUCGAUACAAGUAGACGUAAAUUCGAGAAUACACGAUGUCACGCAGACGCCACCUCUGCACCUCGCCGCAGUGUCCGGAAAUGAGUUACUAGUGCGAAGUUUAAUUCUGGCGGGUGCUCGUGUCAACGAUACGGAUGCGAACAGGAAUACCGCGCUGCACGUGGCAGCCAAAGCGGGCCAUUCGGCUGUUGUCUGCGCAUUAUUGCAAAACAAUAUCAACUUCGACGCGGUGAACGCGGACGGCGACAACGCCUUGCAUGUGGCGGUAAGAGAGGGCCAUGUGUCAGUAGUUCGGACGUUAUUGACCGAGAGCGAGCUAGACGCGGAAGCUGUGAAUCUGAAAGGACGCAAUCCACUGCAUGAGUUGGCCAGAUGUGGCAGGGACAACGCUGCGACAAUCUGCGACCUAUUUUUAGAAUGCAUGGCAAAGUAUCCGGUUAAUAACGCAGACUUGGACGGAAACACGCCAUUGCUGAUCGCGUAUAUGAAAGGCAAUGGCAAUCUUUGCAGAACAUUAGUGCGGGCGGGCGCGUGCCUAGGUUCGAUGAAUAAAGACGGGAUUACUAUUUUUAAUUACCAAGUAGCAACAAAGCAGCUACUGUACAGACUCUUAGAUUCUCUAACACAGGAAGCGCCGUGGUCCGACAAGGAUUGUUGCUUGGAAUGUGGAACAAAGUUCUCUCUUACAAUGCGCAAACAUCAUUGUCGACACUGUGGGCGAAUUUUGUGCAGCAAGUGCUCUGGUCAGGAUGUACCAAUCAUAAAAUUUAAUUUGAACAAGCCAGUACGCGUGUGCGACGUGUGCUUCGACGUGUUGCAGGGUGCUGAGAACUUUACAAAAGAAAAUUUUCGCAAUUAAAAUUAAAAGUUUCUACGAAAACCGUUGGGGAGAUGGAUCAUUCCAGUGUUUUUUAUAUGAGAAGAAAAUGCAAUUUGCUGAAAUCGAAAGUCUGUGUAUAAUUCUAUGUCAUUGAUAUUUUAUGUAUUCUAUUGUAUACAUCAUUGUUCAUGUUAAGAUUUGUUAACAUUAGGAUUGAAAUACAAAUGAAGAUAUUA